UUUUUUUUUCCACGGGGAAAGUUAAUGAGUAACCCGGUGGAGGUGCAACCUUCAGCAGGCGUCAGAGAGACUCGCUAAGCGCUGACAAGAACAGAAGCAGAUCUUCCUUCCUGGGUUAGUUUGGAGUCCUGCUGUGUUUGCAGACUAUGGACAACCCAAACUUCCAGCCGUCCGGCUCGGCUCCCAAGCUGGACCAGGUGCAGGGUCAGGUGAACGAGGUGAAGGUGAUCCUGAGAGACAACAUCGACAAAGUGCUGGAAAGAGGCGACCGACUGGACGACCUGAUCGGCAAGACGGACGACCUGCAGGCCUCGGCCGACUCCUUCCAAAGGACCUCCACGCAGGUGGCCAGGAAGUACUGGUGGAAGAACAUCAAAAUGAUGAUCAUAAUCGGCGUGGUCGUGCUGGUCGUCCUCAUCCUCAUCAUCCUCUUUGCUACCAAUGUUAUUUAACUCAAUCACCGCACAAACUGAUUGUUAAACACUCCACACCACCUUCUCCCACUAAAUGAAUUCUUUUACCAAGGUUCAGAAAUCCAUGUUGUUUUAUUGGUUUCUCACACUUGCCUAUGUUGGAUACAUUAUCCAUGUGUGUGUACAGUGGAACCCUCAUUUACCAACCGCGACAUUUGCGGACUUUUCCGUUUACACCCUUUUAGAUGGAGCGAAUUGUGCCUCUGUGUGCCAACGUUUAUUCUGUGUUCCGACUGCAAAUAAGAAAAGCAGGGCGCAGCUUUUCACGUCAUGUCUCAACACCGGUUUUCAGCGUUUCUACGCCUUUUGUCAUAUUUUGUCCAUUUUGCUGACUUCCCGAAACUCAACAAGCAGGCGCGGAAAGAAGGGAGUACAUUAAUGGAGCUCACCAGCAUGGGAGAAUUGACGAAGCGAGCAAGUUUUGACAGUUUUCUGGAAAAAGAUGCCAGAGCAGACUUAUUUCACCGCGGAGGAAAAGACGCUACCUCUCGUUCCCUUUUCUUCUCUCCAUCUUCCUGUGCUGAUGUUAAUAUGGUUGUUAAACUUAAGGAUGUGUGUGAUUUCUGAUCGUUUGUGAGGGCACCAAAGGGAUUUCUGUAGCAAAUUGGCUUGUUGUUUUUGUUUAAUAAAGAGAAUGUUGAUUCA